AUGAGUCCUCCUUGGUUUCGUAUUAAAAAGAACCAGACUCCCUCUCAAGCGAUUGUCUACAAUCUACACUACUUUUACCUUUUCUCAUCGCCCUCAAUACUGCAGUCGCUCAAAUUACCUGGCAUAGAGCUAUCCGCGAAAACGGCCACGCAUAAAUCUCAGCUUACAAGCCGCCGUCACAUAAACAUCGACAAACCAUGUGUUUCUGGGGCGAGCCCAACACCUCAUACUACUACAAGGAGGAAAUCAUCCCCUCUCGGCCGUACCGCCGCCACAGGCAUCACCACCAUUAUCAUCACUCACAUUCGCCGAGGGCGAGCUACACGAGCGUCAUGCGGGAGACGUACCGUACUAGCCCGCGGGUGA